GGAGCUUGAGAAGCCCCUACACUCGCGAGCACCUGCUUCCUCCGCGGCUUGGCGCGCCUUGGGGCCCAGCUCCUGAGGUCUGCGCCCGCGGAAGGAGAGAGCCCCGGUGGGAGCGCCCGGUGGGGACACGGGCGACGCGGGGCUGCCGCAGGUACAGGUGCACCCAGCCGGUGAUCCCGGGCCCGCACCAGGCCCCUCCCCGUCCGCUUUGGCCGAAGGGGCGGUAGCCGAAGAGACCCCGCCCAAAACGUCACGGCCCAGGCCGAUGGGCAGGGCCGUCCCCGGCGGAAGCGCGUUGCUGCUGGAGAGGCCCGAACUGAGCAGUCGGCACUGGGGGACCGCUGGGGACAGACAGGAUGGGCAGCAGCUCGCUGUCCGAGGACUACCGCCUGUGUCUGGAGCGUGAACUGCGGCGCGGCCGCGCGGGCGUGUGCGGGGACCCAUCGCUGCGCGCCGUGCUCUGGCAGAUCCUGGUGGAAGACUUCGACUUGCACGGGGCGCUGCAGGAUGACGCGCUGGCUCUGCUCACCGAUGGCCUGUGGGGCCGCGCCGACCUGGCCCCCGCUCUGCGCGGCCUUGCCCGCGCCUUCGAGCUGCUGGAGCUGGCCGCCGUGCACCUGUAUCUGCUGCCCUGGAGAAAGGAGUUUACCACCAUCAAGACCUUUUCCGGGGGCUACGUGCACGUGCUGAGGGGCGCACUCUCGGAGGACCUCCUCAUCCAGAGCUUCCGGAAGAUGGGCUACGUGCGCAGGGACGCCCACCGCCUCAUGGUGGCCGCCCCGCCCCCCGCCCGCCAGCUGGUGCAAGUGGCCCUGGGCUGCUUCGCCCUGCGCCUGGAGUGCGAGAUCCUGGGCGAGGUGCUGGCGCAGCUGGGCACCAGCGUGCUUCCGGCCGAGGUGCUGCUGCAGGCACGGCGGGCCAGCGCCGACGUGGCCUCCUGCGUGGCCUGGCUGCAGCAGCGCCUGGCGCGGGAGGAAGAGCCGCCGCCCUUGCCCCCUCGGGGCUCCCCGGCCGUGUGCCGGGCCCGGCUGGACCUGUACCGGGACCUGCAGGAGGACGAGGGCUCGGACGAGGCCAGCCUGUACGGCGGGCCCUCGCCAGGCCCGGACUCGCCCGCCGCCUCGGAGCUGGCCUGCCGGCCUCUGUUCUGGGAGCAGAGCGCCCAACUGUGGGGGGCGGGGGGCGGGGCCUGGGGGCCGGCGGAGGCCAGCAGCCCGCCCUACGGGGCCUCGGAGGAGGAGCUGGAAUCCGAGCCCGAGGCCUUCUCCUUCCUCUCGCUGCGCCGGGAGCUGCUGAGUCAGCCGGGGGACCUGGCUGCUCCCCAAGCUCCCUGCAGCCCCGAGCGGGCCAGCCCCCCGCGUGUGCAUGGGCCAGUCCCUGAGCCCCCGGGCUACCAGGCCCACAGCUGCCUGGCCCCUGGUGCCCUGCCCACCCUCUGCUGUGACACCUGUCGCCAGCUGCACGCUGCCCACUGCCCCGCCCUGCCCGCCUGCCGCCCAGGCCACGUGCUGCACGUCCUGCGGGGGAACAGCCAGCGGCGCCUGUGGCUGCAGAGGGCACAGGUGGAUGCCCUGCUCUACGAAGGCCCUGGGGCCCAGCCGUAGGCCCAGCCAGGCCCUGGGCCAAGGGCUUUCUGGAGACACACUUUCUGUGGUGCUCUUCUGGGCCUCGUCCCUCCUCAGGCCUGGGCCACUGGCCACCCUGCCCCAUCUGCCCCCCGAGGAGUCCUGCGGGCAGGGGUGGGUCUGCCCUCCAGAGAAGACUCUCUGCUCAGGCCAGCCCACCCCAUCCUGGGCACCAGACCCGCGCCAGGGUGAGCACGCCUGUCCUCAAAAGGACCCUCCCCUCCCCCUUCAGCCCUCUUCCCACCCCAGCACAGGCCCCAGCUCCUGCCGUGCUCCCCAGAGGUGUCCAGGUGGACACCCACAGAGGAGUGUCAUGGCUCAGGUGACCUUGCGAGCCCCCGAGCUCUGCUGAGACCCCUCUAGGGGCUGCGCCAGGUACACAGCUAACCUGGCUGGGGAACCUGGCCCCCACGAGUAUCACAGGCCCGUGCUGAAGGAAAUGAGCACCAGCCUGAGACCAGCCCACGUGCCCCAGUCACAGUGGGUGGGAAGCUGGGCCUGCGCGUGGAGCGCGAAGCCAGAGUUCCAGAGUGAGGGCGGGGACGGGCUGGAGAGGCUGCCACCCCACGUCCAGUGGAACGUGGCGGCUUCUCCAGGGGCCCCCCUGCUGCCGCUUCCCGCUUCCCGUCGCUGGUUCUGGAGGGCAGGGUGGGAGAUCUCAAAAGCACCCCCCCCCAGGCGUCUCCCCAGCUUCCUGAGCAGCAGGGGGAGGGGUUCCCAGAACCACCAGCUCCCAGGGCUGGGGGCCGAGGGUCUGCUGACCUGGGCCCUGGGGCAGGUGCCUUCCUUUGGUGCUGGCCCCUCCUCCCCCGUGACCCCGCCUAGUGUCGGUCCCACCUCCACGCGAAUCAGAACCUUGAAGUACAUUAAAGGACGCUGGAUCCCA